AUGGAGCAUCCCACUACCCCACAGCAUCAAAAGGAGGAUUUCCGCACUUUUAUCACCAGAGUGAACACUCGAUUUGGUCUCGAGAUCCCCCUCCCUGGAAUUGAGUCCCCUUCGGCUCGAGAGAGAAACACCAGUCUCCCUAGUCAGAUCUACAAACAUAUCCGCCCGCUGUUCUUCAAUAACAAGGUUGACAAGAGAAGUUUAAUUGGCAACCUCGAAGAAUGGGUCCGCGGGAACCUGCCGUUAGCCGGCCAGCUUCAACCCCAGAACCCUGUUUAUCGAACCAACGCAGAUCGCCGAGCCCAACGGCACCAGAGUGAGGAACCCGCGCUCCCACUCUUGCUCACCGGCCCUGAGAAGGAUAUGUGCAUGAACCAUCUGCUGAAGCUCAUGAAUGACGAGGAAUAUCUGUUGGCGAAUGGUCGUGUCGUAAAUAUGAAAAGGUUAGCCGCUAAUUCUUUUGGAGAUGCCAAGGGCUUAUCACCGAAGAAACAAAGGGUUGAUGAUGAUGAAGACGCAAACGAAAAUUAUCAUACCGCACCAAAUUCCCCAGUCAAGGGAUCUGUGUUAGCUCAGUCGCCGUUGGGGAAGAAUGGAGAUGGAGGUUUACAAUUUCCCGAGAUGGUACAGGCGGCCUUUCGAAGACCUCAAAGGAGUUCUGGUGCUGCAAACUUGCCAGUCAAUAGCCAUUCAGCACUUCAGUCUCCUGCGCGGGAGUCGAUAGCAACUAGGUCGCCAGCAGAAGGUCGAGUGCACCUAUCACCCGGAAGGAAUCACGGACCCAUUCAGCCGCCUGAAAAGAACCAAGAGAGUGUCCGUUCAUCGGCGAAGUAUUCGUCGACAUUUCCUCCGCCAACGAAGGUACAACCAGCACAGGGCCAAGGGUUCCACCAAUCGCUCUCUAGGAAAGCGGUCGCUCGAUCACCACCUCAGCCUCAAGGAAAUAUCCCCCCUCCAACAAGGAGCUCGACAAGCACUUCGUCGCCAGCGAAGACUUCAGGCAUUGCCCAAUCACCCGGGAGGAACGUCGUACCUGUCCGAUCUCCAUCCAAAACCCCCAAAUCGGUCAGAUCACCGUCCCAAUCGCCGCUGAAACAGAUGGAUCUUCGAUCAUUUGGGUUUGGCAACAGCCCCGGCAAAGAAGUCUCUCCUAUUCAGGAAGAUGUUGAGUUCAAGAAGCCUACUUUGUUUGAAAAGCUUAGUGCGGCAUCCAAUGAGUCGAAGCGCAAUAAUAUGACUCAGUCAUUCAAUACCAGCUUUCCGACGACCCUCACUUCGUCGGUCUUGACGUCUCGCGAUACUAGCGUUGGGCAAUCAUUUGAUUCAGUCAUGACAGAUAUGACCGAGCCAAUGGAUACCCAAUCAACGUAUGCAGACUCGGUCGUUGGGUACAUGGCUAGCGAGGAGAUGCUAAGAAGCGUGGACGCUGCCACGAUCUCCAUGAUGGUAAAUUGUGACCCCGCUGAAACGGAGUCUUCUCUCAAACAGGAGUUUAUUGGUGAGCUCCUGUCGUACGGGCCCUUUUCCCUAGAAGAAUCCUUCUCGGCGAAAAUUCCAUUGCGAUUCCGAUACGAGUUGGAACGAAUUGGACGUGCUUGGGGAAUCCCCUUCAAGAAAAUCCUCGUCGGUGACCGGGUUACCUUCAACACUCAAGAUGAUUUCUGGUCAUGGGUCAGCGGACUUGGUCGACGUUAUGGCCAUCCGUUGCCAGAGAAAUCGCCACGUCGGGCUUGGGAUGCUGCUGUUGGUGAUUUUAAAUCAGAUAAGCACUCAGAGGUGGUGGUAUUGUCAGGAAACCUGGACUGGUGUGACGAGUCCGAGCCGGGUAUUUUGAAAUUGAAACUCAACCCGCUCAAGCCAGAGCGGACGUGUCGAUUUCACCGACGAUUUGGAUCGGAUAGAUUCCUGACUCUUACUGUUCCAGCCGCGGAUCAACCUCCCACCCAUCAGAAACAACCUUCCUAUCCAUCUGUGCUUCGCGAGAGUAUCGCUUCCUGGCUCACACGGAAUGAUCAUUAUUGCCUCGGACAUGCUUUGCUGGAAUGGCAUAUGCCAAAGACUGCGAAUGCGAACCAAAGCAACUGCAAGCUCUUCCAGCGUAUCUCUCUGGGCUUGUCGAAGACAUUUGCGACCGUUACGCUCAAGCCAGCACAAGUGCUUCGUUUGAGAGACGAUCCAGCCCGGACUGUCAUGAAUGACGGAUGUGCUUUGAUAUCGAGGACUCUUGCGAACCAAAUUUGUGAUCAACUAGGCAUAACCACCGCCACGCCGAGUUGCUUCCAGGGCAGAAUAGCAGGCGCAAAGGGCCUCUGGAUGGUCGAUUGCCACCGAUCUAGUAUUACUACUACGAACGACGAUGACGUCUGGAUUCAGAUCUCAGACUCGCAGUUGAAAAUAUACCCUCAUCCAGAGGAGUGGGUUGGCCCGGUCGACGAUGAAAAGUUAACGUUCGAAGUAGUCAACUGGGCUAAGCCAUUGCACCCCGUUGGCCUUAAUAUCCAGCUUCUUGCAAUUCUAGAACACGGAGGGAAUAUGAAAGAGUAUCUUGCCCAGCUCACGCGUGAUGGUAUGCAGAGUCUUUAUGACGAUUUCCUUGAGGUUCUUCGAUCGAAUAGCCCUGUGGUUUGCCGAGCCCUACUCCAGAAGCUCAGACCCUCCGGUGAAGAUGGAACUGGGAAAUCACGACGAAUGGAGCAGUGGGUAACCAGUAAUGUUGAGUCGAUCAUUCGUUUCUCUGAGGCUGGCUUUGCACCACGCGACUUUUUUCCCCUCCGUUUGAAAAUUCGCCAAUAUCUAACAUGGCUUCUUGAGCGACAUGUCGAGAAGCUCAAGAUCCAGGUCCCUCUCUCAACCUACGCGUACUGCAUUGCCGAUCCAUAUGGGGUUCUCAGACCGGACGAAGUCCACUUUGGCUUCUCUAAUAAUUGGCGGGAUCCGCAGGGCCAGUUUGAAGACAACCUCCUUGAUGGGGUGGAUGUUCUCGUGGGCCGACUUCCAGCCCAUUUACCUUCUGAUAUUCAACGGCGCAAAGCAGUAUGGAAGACUGAACUGCGCCAUUUUAAAGACGUGAUUGUCUUUCCCACCACAGGAAAUUUUCCUCUAGCCGGUAUGCUAUCUGGAGGAGACUACGAUGGUGAUACGCCAUGGAUCUGCUGGGAUCCAAUGAUUGUCGAGAAGUUUCAGGAUUCUCCAAUGCCCGCCUAUGAAUAUCCUGCGGAGCAUUAUGGGCUCACAAAACACUCCGUCCCGAUGGCCUCACUGAAUUCGACAGAAGACUUUUUGGAAAGUGCGUUCGCUUUCAAUCUCAAUCUUUCAAGUCUGGGUCGAUGUACCACUGAGCAUGAGAAACUGGCAUACGAUGAGUCAGUCGACUCUCCGAAAGCGAAAGAGCUGGCAUGUCUCUUGGGUCAUCUUGUGGAUGGUCGGAAAAGCGGAGUUCACCUUUCAGAGCAAGCUUGGAAAGAAUACCGCAAGACCGUCAGCCCUAUGGAACGUGAGCUUCCUGCGCACCGGAACGCAGACCGCAAGUACAACCCGUCGAACAUUGUCGACUUCCUCAAGUUUGAGGUCGCAUGCCGGGAGCUCCGCAGGAUUCUCUCAGGUCUCAACGAGGCAUUCCCCGAGAACGAUAUCCAGAAUCUGCUCGACGAUGACCUUCUUCGUCCAUGGAAUGAAGCCGAAGAAGCAUUGAAGAGCAAUUCUGAACACACUCAAGCAUUAAAAGACACUCUCGCUGGAGUUCGAAGAUCGAUAGACGAACUAUACAAGCAGUGGAAUGUUGGACACUCUGCUGCUACGGGGGACGAAUUCUCUGCCAUAUCACGUCAAGCUGCCGAGAAUGCAGGUGCACUCUCUCCUCCCGACGCGGGCAAACAUCCGCUCAUCCAUACUUGGCAAAACAGCCGCAAUGAAUGGCAACGAUUGAUAGCUUCGUAUGCCUACCGUCGAUGUCCAAAGUCUCGGUUUAUUCUCCAUGCCUUUGGCGAGACAUUGUGUGAAAUCAAGGCCUCUGUUUCGCCAUCCCGCCUUGUCACUAAUGAGGUGCUCGCCUGCUACCGAGUGAAUCAGACAAUGGUGGCACAUCUCACGGCCAAUGAAUUGCCUGGGGAUCAGGUCGGUGAUUUAGAUGAGUUCGAAGAGUAUGAAGACGACGAAGCGAUUGAAGCCAUGCUAUCAUUUUAG